AAGCAACAUGCCGGCCACUAAAGGUAGCAAGAAAAUGUCAAGCAAGACGUUUGCUGCGUAGUGGUCUGUAGCUGCUGUGUGUACAAUGGCUGGAGAGGGAUUGCGAUAUGCCGAUGUUGCGGCACAAAACGUCCCACAGGAUAUAUCAUGGAUUGAUAGGUCUUGUGACCUCAGCUUUAAAAUGAAAAGGCAAAUCAAGAGGGAUGAGUUUUGGAAGUUUUUAGAGGACCUGGGAAUAAAGAUAGAGGAAGUAGAUGGCAUAGUUCAGUACCCAAAUGGGACAACUGAGGUAAGUUUUACGAACAGGCUUAAAGCGCUCCAAAUGGACCGCAUGCUGUGGAAACUGAAGCAAGAGGGCAAGCGCCUACCGGCUCAUAGGCUCAUUGUACCAGACAAAUUACCACUGUACGUGAAUUGGGUGCCAACUAAAAUGAAUGAUAACUUAAUAAUGAACUACAUAACAGAAAACCAUGGAAAACCAGACUCGAUUGCACAACUAAAAGACAAUAAAGGAGUUAAAAACGGAUCAAGGCGAAUAAUCAUUAAUAGGGAACAUUUGGUUUCUAAUCCGAUUAAAAGUUAUAUAAACAUAAGAGGGUUUAAAUUAUUUGUGAAACAUCCUGGUCAAUUGGAAACAUGCAGUUAUUGCAACGAGCCGGGGCACAUGAGGUUUCAAUGCCCUGAAAAACAAAAACGAAAUCCAGAAAUAAUCUUGCGAAAACAAAUUGAAAACCAAAAAUUAGAUCCAAAACAAACAAGCAACACGGAAAAUCCGUUACCAGAAAAAGAAUUAUCUAGCCAAACCAGUUGGGCGGAAAGCGUAGAAAUAGAGGAAAUAAGCAACAAGGGAUUAUCAUUGGAGUCGGAGAGAACAAGAGUGACACUGGAGAAUACAAUGAAAAGUAACGGGAAUGAAAUUUGCCAUGCGGAUAAUAUAAUAACAGGCAAAGAGGCAAUUCACGACAAAAUAGAAUCUGGAAACCCCACGGGAGAAAUUGAUAGACCAGAACGGGCGACGCCCGAUGAAACAAUAUCACGUCAUCACGACGACAACAAAAAGCAUGACCAUAUAAGGAAAUCGUCGUGUGAAGACGAAGAGACCUCGUGUGCAUCAGACAGGAACGAUCAAAACAAGGUGGGGUCCAGGUCGACGGAGUUAUGCGACAGUACUACGGAUCAUGAAGUCUUUUCUGACAGCUUGAACCUUACAGAAGAAGAAGGAAGGAACAUCAAAAGAAAAUGGGAAAGCUACAGUAGCGCAGGAGAUUUCAACAUAACCAUAGAUCCGAAUAAUGAUAAGCGGCCUUCCAAUUCCAAGCACCCUUUCCUGCAAAACACACUCAAGAAGAUAGUCCAAAAUUUUCAUUUAGAGGACACCUUUCGAGCCACCAAUCCAAAAGUCAAAGAAUUCACCUUUCACCACGCUCUUGGAGCGGCACGGCUGGACAGGAUAUAUAUCAGUAAUUUAACAAUAGUAGAUAAAGCCUACCACCUUUCAAUUUCGUGGGCAGACCACGACGCAGCUGUAUUGGAAAUAAAUUUAAAGAGUAUAGAAAAAAGAGGCCCAGGUAUGUGGAGAAAUAACACAGGUCAUUAUAAUGAUAAAAUAUUUUUGCAGGAAUUUGAAGACCACUGGAGAAAAUGGAUCACCUUAAAAGAAUAUAUGAAUUGCAAUUGGAUCGAAUGGUGGAUUAACAUCAAGACAAGAAUCAAAAAGCUCCUCAUUAAAUUUGGAGCAAGAGUCAGAAGGAGAAAGAAAGAAGAAAAAGAAAGGCUGGAAAUACAACUAGAUGAAACAAGGAUAAGAUUGAACAGAGGAGAAAAGGCUAUUAACGAAGACCGAAAUAUCCACGGAAUUAGACUCCAAGGUAUAAAAGAGGAAAUCAAAACUCCAGCAUUUGCGGAUGACACCGCUAUCACCACCCGAGACGAAUUGUCCGCAAAACGAGCCAUUGAUAUGGUAAAGCUCUAUGGGAACGCAUCUGGUAUGGUUUUAAACUUAUCCAAAAGCAAAGGUCUGUGUUUUGCACGUAACCAAUAUGACCUACAAAUAAACUGGGUCAACUCAGUGCAGAUCGUCGGAAUCCGGUAUGGGAAUGUAGUGAAUGGGAAAGCAUGGAAUGACAAAAUUAAUGAAUGUAAGGAAAUCUUACAUAACAUUGGACAUAGAUCGUAUAACUUAGAGGAACGGAAAACAAUAAUUAAAUCUAUCAUACUCCCCAAAAUGCUGUAUCUAGCUCAAACUGAACCACUCGGACCAAAACACAAAUAUCAAAUUCGCAAAAUAACCCAGAAUUUCCUAUUGCCAAACAGAGAAGACAUCGAUUUCAACAUACUAACCCUGGCAAAAAGUGAAGGAGGCAUCGACCUACCCAAUAUACCUUUGAUUUUAGACCUUCAACUUGGUAAAAUUAUUUUACAGCAUCUACAGAAACUCCAUGGCGACAUCGAACAAGACAAAUCUAUCUACUCCAGAAUCGACCAGCAAAUUGGACUAUCAUUGAGGAACUACAUCGGCGACAAAUUCAAUAAUUCAAAACCGCACACUAUAACCCCGCUUAUGCAUUGGAAAAAAACCCUCGACAUAAUAAAGAAAUAUGAGAUCGAUAUAAAUGAAAUCCGCACAACUCCUAUACGAGCAAUUUACGAUCGUAUUAUCCAUGACCAGAAGCCGAAAUACGCCGGGAAACUAAUGACGACGAAAUGGGAAAACGUGACAAACAAACUACUAAGUCAACAAGAGAUGAUCCUUAAUUGGAAAUGCGCGCACUCCAUUUUGCCUACUCGAGCAAAAUAUCGAGUCAGGAUGGCUUCCGGGACAGACCUCUGCCCAUGGUGCCACAAUAGAACUGAAACCGAAAGACACCUGUUCAAUGAAUGCAAAGAACCAGCCAAACUAAUGGCAACUGCGAUCUGGAUCUGGGCAGAAUCAAACGAGACGACUCCACCACCAGUCACCACCAAAAUAACAAUAGAAUACAAUUUUGGAGAUCUUAUUGAAAAUAAGAAACGAAACAACCUGUGUAUUCUUCUAUCGAAAAUGAAACAAUGCAUUUGGAAUGAAAGAAACCUGAUAACCUUUAACAAAACGAUACCAAACUCGAGGAGAGUGUUCAACAAGUUUAAGAAAGAAAUAAUAUGGCGCCACAAAAUAGAAAAAGCUAAAGAAAAGAGUUUCGACAUCAAUCUACAAGAAGAAAUAAAGACCAUCGAACUGCUGAACGAGAGAGUUCUGAGAGAUCUCGGCAUCACUUGAGCACAAGGACAUCAACGAAGGCGACAGCCAUUGUCCUUGACAACAGCCAAGAUACAAUAUUAUAUAGAAACUGAACUGCAUCAACAGUUUUGAAAACACCACAGCUGAAACGCCUCUCUAAAUCGAAAUGACCUGUGAGUCAAAUGCCUUAACAAUCAAUAGAGAUAAAGAUUUUUCAUCACCCGACGAUUGUGGAAAAACUCAAUGAGCGUCUCUAACAGUAAAUUCGCAAUGGGGUAAUAUUAUCGUGUUGCAGAUAUGCACGAGCGUGUAUGUGUGUGCAUACAGAUACCCUGAUUUGCAGACUGUUAUAUGGCACCCCUACUCAAGGACAUCCGACACCGACAAGCCCAACCCAGAUUCAGUAACACGUAUACUCGAACAUCCAUUCUGGGUCAGUGUUUUGUAUUGCAUAACACUUCUACGUUAGCCUUUAUAAUAUUUGCAUUUUUACCCUUUUAUCAUCUUUGUUUUAGUGCGUGAUUAACAUAUAUAUGUAU